AUGUGCCCUCAUGUAUUAUUAUUAUUAUCGAUCAUUGUAUUGCCAUUAUAUGCCGAGACGAUCAUUCCAGCAGAUAUAUUAGAAGACGACUUUAUAUCCACCAGAGGCUUUGCAUACCUCACAACACUCUUCAUUCUCACUAUUCUCGCCGUCGCCGUAUUCUACCAUAUUGCCGAUAUAAGAAGACGACGCCAAAUCGAACGUGAAGCAGCACAAGGAAUGUAUGUUGAAUGGUCGCCACUUCUAAUCAAUAAUCAAAAAAACAUCCGGCCGCCUCCACCGUAUGAGCAAACCGUUUGA